AUGGCCUAUGACCACUAUGUUGCCAUCUGCAGACCCCUGCACUAUGGGACCCUCAUGGGCAGCAGAGCUUGUGUCAAAAUGGCAGCAGCUGCCUGGGCCAGUGGCUUUCUCCAUGCUCUCCUGCACACUGGGAACACAUUUUCAAUACCACUCUGCCAAGGCAACACAGUGGAGCAGUUCUUCUGUGAAGUUCCCCAGAUCCUCAAGCUCUCCUGCUCAGACUCCUACCUCAGAGAAGUCGGGCUUACCGUGGUUAGUCUUUGUUUAGUCUUUGGGUGUUUCAUUUUCAUUGUGGUGUCCUACGUGCAGAUCUUCACUGCUGUGCUGAGGAUCCCCUCUGAGCAGGGCCGGCACAAAGCCUUUUCCAUGUGCCUCCCGCACCUGGCCGUGCUCUCCCUGUUUGUCAGUACUUCAUUUUUUGCCUACCUGAAGCCCCCCUCCCUCUCCUCCCCAGCUCUGGAUCUGGUGGUGGCUGUUCUGUACUCAGUGGUGCCUCCAGCAGUGAACCCCCUCAUCUAC